CGGAGAAACAGCACAGAAUUUAAAAUGUUAAGUGCUCCCGACUGGUUUAGUCUUCUCCUUUUUAAUCCCCAAUCAAACAGUCUGGCCCACAGGUACCUUUCUUACUGGUCAUUUUGAAUCAAGCUGGAGAAGCAGGCUGGGCUUUUACAAAAACUGAAGCAAGUGUUAGUUUCCAGGUUCCAGAAGUUAAGUUUCUACAAAUUCCUAAGAGCUGAAUCACCACGGGAAGACCUCACAGGUGUAUCCUUGGGGUCUCCUGGACAAGACGUCUGUUCUCUUAAACCUUACUUUUUCAAGGUGUCCUCUCUCAGCCAGAGCAAAUAUAAAAACAGAACUCUGAUCUACAACCUCUGUACCAACUAGUCCACAAGGGCCGCCAAAAUGCCUGUUGCAAUCAACUCUAAAUGGCCAGACCGUGAUCAAUAAUUGAUAGUUUCCUUAGUUUUGUCCCAUUUCUGAUUUAGGAUCAACCAAAGAAAGCCAAAUAUGUACUCCAAGCCAACUACAUAGGAUGCUUUGCCUCUAGUUACCAUGCCUCCAACUUCUCUCCAUGUCAGUAACAUCAAUCAACACAUAUGUAAAGUCUUUUUUUCCCCACUAUACUGCAUUUACAUUCCCAUGCCUCCUGUUGAGUCUCUAACACAAGUGAUGGUGGCUGACUACCUUGCUAUAGUAAGCUUUGUAUAAAUAAACUUUCCUUGUUCUUAUUUGGGUGUUCUUCAUUUAUUUCCACACUUGGAAUCUGCAGAAUUAUAUGUGGUUUCAAUUAUUAGAGACCACAAAGACUUAUGACAUUUGUAAUUUUACCAAGGCUUGAAUUUUAAAAGUAGUCUUUGAGAUCAGGAUGUGGGAGAGUUAGCUAGUGACUGUGAUUGUCCUGUAGAACACAAUCUUUAUAUUCAUACUGAGGCACAUGUACUUUGAUGGGGAAAUUAUAUUCUCUACAGUGCAUUUUAGAUUUGUUUGAAGGUGUCAGAAUUAAUACCUGAUGAAUCUUAUGGGGCUACUAUUGAGAGAUUUCAAGAGUGACUUUGAAAAGUAAAAGGGAAAUUAAUAAAAGAUCAAGUCUGUGAGACUAGAAAAAUAGUGCUACCAACUGACAGAAAAGGAGACUUGGGGAAGGAAUUAGGUGUAUGAAUCAAGAGACCUUGUAAUAUUCAAAUUCAUUCAGAAAUACUGACUGCCAACUCUGUGCUAGGCAAUAUUCUAGAUGUUGAAGAUAAUAGGGAAGAACAAAACAGACCAAAAUCCUUGUGGUUUUGGGGAAUUUAUAUUUGGAAAUGUACAGUUGAGAUUUGACAGGCUAGAGAAAGGUUUCUAAGACUUAGUAACAUUGAGAUAAAAGUUGACGUUAUCAGAUAAGAAAGAAGUUUUCCAAGAAAGACUUUGAAAUUACUCAGGAUUUAGCUUUGGGCAAGAUAAAUAAAGAGCCAAAAAAAAAAAAAAAAAAAAAGAAUGCCUGAGAUGGUUAGGAGGUGCCACAACACAGAAACCACACCAAGAUUGAUUGUUAUAGGGCAGUCAAGUGGAAUUUCCCUCAAAGUGCUCAGAGAAAAAAUGUUAAUGGAAGAUUUAAACUAGGUUUUGAGACUACAUGAAGACAGUCUCCCCAGAAUUACUUUAUCACAAGAAUAUCUGCAGCACUGUUCUUUGGCAGAUGCUCUGGAAACAGGUGGUAAUAAUGAUAACUUACAUUUACAUACAUUUAUAAAGUACUAUCUCUAAGAAACUCGUAUUUAUAGACUAUGGGCACAGUAGAGUGUGGAAUAGUCCUCAACACUGCAUGACAAAUUCUAGGCAGAGUAAGAAUUAGAACCCAGAUGUGCUGAUUUUUGUAUCUUGAGAGAUAUUUAUAAUGCUAUUAUUUUUUUCAGAGUAUAUAUGUACCAUAAAAAAUUCUUAAGCACAUCAUGAGCUUGAUACCCUAAACAGUACUAGUAAAAGAAUAAACUGGUUAUGGAAUAAAUUGAUUAAUGUCUGCAACCAAAGGUCACCUAGUAGUAAUGUCAAGUAGAUGAUAAGAGGUUUUUCUACACUAUACAACAGGGUUCUGAAUGAUCAGAUGUGCUUCACGCUGAUAGGUUAUUAGACACUGAUUUGAUCAAUUCAAAAUGUUCACUGGUAUUAUUUUACUAGUCAUUAGAAUAUGUACUCAGUUCCAGAGAAAUAAGACUUCAAAGGUAAGUGCUACAACUUGACUACAUAAGAAAAUUUAAUCUUUUUAUACCAACUAAGAUUCUAAAAAUGCACUUAUGGUAGAAAACGCCAGUACAAUUACAGAACCCUUUAGUUUCGUUUUUGUUUUCUAAAUACAAAUCAGGAUGCCAAGCCCUCUUUCUCAUGGAAUAUACAGUUUGAUAAUUGUGGAGUUCUAAUUACAUGCCUUGAAUUGACGUAAGCCCUUCACAUUUAUAAACUCAUGUAAUCUUGCCAUACAUACAAGAAACCAGAAGCGGCAGGUACUAUCUCAUCCUCAUUUUUUAGAUAAGGAAACUUAAGACGUUUUAGGCGAAGGGCCGGAACAGUGACUUCAGUCCACUCUAGGACACAGCUUGAAUCCCAAGAGCAGGGAUUUAGUCUAUUUACAAAAGGUUCCAAGAGUCAAAAGUACUUUUGAAUACUCUGCUUUUCUCUCGUCUCCUCCAGAAAGGGAUACGGGAAGUAUCGCAUCCGAACUUUCUUAAGAAAUGGAGCUGCAUCUGGCGGUUUCGCCACACCUCGUCCUUGGCUCUGCCGCAGACACCUACGCUCGCUUCCCUCUUCUUCCUCCAUCACGCUCUACUUUCCUAUCUCCAUUACUCCCCCACGUUACCGAGCGUUUACUUGCUCGGUGCGCAGCGCCGGGAGCACUUUCACUCGCUUGAGCCAAACUAACCCGCAUUGGCGGCCCAGCGCAGUCCGCGUCGCAUCGCCAUGACGUAACCCACUCGCCGCCGCCGUCGGACUGGGGGCGGGGCAGGCGAGCGGGGGCGGUGCCGGGCGGGGGCCAAGCUUAGGACCUCUGCGGCCAUCGCUGCCUGCGCUGUCCCUUCCCCUUGCCCGCUCCCCGCCCCCCUGGGCCGAGAGGAGUUGAGUGGCUUCGGUGGCCUCAUCGUGAGGGGCAGCUUCAGGAGCUGGGCAUCCGGCACAGCGCGAUGUGGGGCGCCGUGACGGCUCUGUGAGUACAAGGCCGCGGCCGUGGCGCGCUGGGCGGCUGCGGGGCCUGGCCGGGUCCGCUCAUGGUGCCGCCAGGACGCCAUCGCGGGGCAGGAAAGCCAGGUGUGCUGAGUUCUUCACCUCCUUUUAGACUGAGAUCUGUCAAGUUUUCAGGGAUUGCUCUUGAAGAUCUAAGAAAGGCCCUUAAGACAAGACUGCAAAUGGUGUGUGUAUUUAUCAUGAACCGAAUGAAUUCCCAGAACAGUGGUUUCACUCAGCGGAGGCGAAUGACUCUUGGGAUUGUUAUUCUCCUACUUGUUGAUGUGAUCUGGGUUGCUUCCUCAGAACUUACUUCGUAUGUUUUUACUCAGUACAACAAACCAUUCUUCAGCACCUUUGCAAAAACAUCUAUGUUUGUUCUGUACCUUUUGGGCUUUAUUAUUUGGAAGCCAUGGAGGCAACAGUGUACCAGGGGAUUUCGAGGAAAGCAUACCACUUUUUUUGCAGAUGCUGAAGGUUACUUUGCUGCUUGCACAACAGAUACAACUAUGAAUAGUUCUUUGAGUGAACCUCUGUAUGUUCCUGUGAAAUUUCAUGACCUUCCAAGUGAAAAACCUGAGAGCACAAACAUUGAUACUGAAAAAACUCCCAAAAAGUCUCGUGUAAGGUUCAGUAAUAUCAUGGAGAUUCGACAGCUUCCAUCAAGCCACGCACUGGAAGCGAAGUUGUCGCGCAUGUCGUAUCCUACUGUGAAAGAACAAGAAUCCAUACUGAAAACUGUGGGGAAACUAACGGCGGCUCAAGUAGCAAAAAUUAGCUUUUUUUUUUGCUUUGUGUGGUUUUUGGCAAAUUUGUCCUAUCAAGAAGCACUUUCAGACACACAAGUUGCUAUAGUUAAUAUUUUGUCUUCAACUUCUGGACUUUUUACCUUAAUUCUUGCUGCAGUAUUCCCAAGUAACAGUGGAGAUAGAUUUACCCUUUCUAAACUAUUAGCUGUAAUUUUAAGCAUUGGAGGUGUUGUACUUGUAAACCUCUCUGGCUCUGAAAAAUCUGCUGGAAGAGAUACAAUAGGUUCCAUUUGGUCCCUUGUUGGAGCCAUGCUCUAUGCUGUCUAUAUUGUUAUGAUUAAGAGAAAAGUAGACAGAGAAGAUAAGUUGGAUAUUCCAAUGUUCUUUGGUUUUGUAGGUUUGUUUACUCUGCUGCUCCUAUGGCCAGGUUUUUUUUUACUUCAUUAUACUGGAUUUGAGGACUUUGAGUUUCCCAAUAAAGUAGUAUUAAUGUGCAUUAUCAUUAAUGGCCUUAUUGGAACAGUUCUCUCAGAGUUCCUGUGGUUGUGGGGCUGUUUCCUUACCUCAUCAUUGAUAGGCACACUUGCACUAAGCCUUACGAUACCUCUUUCCAUAAUAGCUGACAUGUGCAUGCAAAAGGUGCAGUUUUCUUGGUUAUUUUUUGCAGGUGCUAUCCCUGUAUUUUUUUCAUUUUUUAUUGUAACUCUCCUAUGCCACUAUAAUAAUUGGGAUCCUGUGAUGGUGGGAAUCAGAAGAAUUUUUGCCUUUAUAUGCAGAAAACAUCGAAUUCAGAGAGUUCCAGAAGACAGUGAACAGUGUGAGAGUCUCAUUCCUAUGCACGGUGUUUCUCAGGAGGAUGGAGCUAGUUAGCUGUUGUCUGUAGCCCAGCUUGAUAAUGGAACAUUAUGCAGCGAAGAGACAAUCUCUGGCAAGUUUUUGUAGAAAAAUAUUUCAGUGCCUAGUCUGAAAAAUAACAGUUUCAGUUCUUUGAAACUCUAAAAUAUAUUUUUCUCAUAUCUGUUUUCUUCAUUUUCAUAAUGAAGUACUUUGCUAUGUAGCUAUGUACAUAUCACUACAAUUAUAGGAAGUCCCAGUUCACAGUCCAUCUAAGGACCAAUCUGCCUUACCACAUCUCAAGGAAUUCAGUUGAAGAAAUCAUUUGAACUAAUCAAGAAAUGAAUCCUAAGUGGAGACUUUAUUUUCACCAUAUUUGUUAAAUGCUGGAAUAUAUUAUGAAAAUAUUUUUAAGAAAUUGUUUAAGUGUUCAUAGGCCAGUAUUUCUGACAGGUAAAAAUGCUAAAAUAAGCUGCCUGUGAUAGGUACGGAUUAUAUUUUUGAGUUUUGUAGAAUAUUAAAAAUCACACAGAAAAAUGUUUAAUUUAUGCAACAAGUAUGUUCAUGCAAAUUUGGUAGGACUUCAAAAAGAAUAAAUAUUUGAGAAACUAUCUGAUUUACUUACACUACAUAAACUGUAUUAUCCUUUCAUAGCAUUAGUGCCUUGUAUUUUAAAUCUGUGACAAAUUAUGACGAAUUUUUAAAGGGGAGUAUUAUUGUAAAAUGAAGAAUUAUGUAUUUCUAAAGGCUGUAAUGCUGUAAAUUUAAUUGGUAAAACUCUGUUUAGAGUUUUGAAGAAAUAUUGUCUCUUCAGUUAAGAACUUUUCAUAAUGGAAUGAUUUAAAUUGAAGUGAUAAAGUGUUAUUAAAAUAAAAUUUUUAUAUGUGU